AUGACGGAAGAGCAAAUUUACAGAAAUUUUGCUACAAAAUGUGAGGAUAAAUAAAUUAUUAUUUUAAAGUGUUUUAUUAUUUUUUUUUAAAUUUUGAAAAUUAAAUUUGUUAACAGUUGAUUUUUCUCCUACUGUCAUUUUGUUGUAAAUUUUCAGUGGUCAUUGUUAAAUUUUUAUGUGGAGAAUUCCUUUACCAAUCAUCUAAUUUCAAUGUAAAUAGUUAAAUACUUUGGCUUUUAACUGUAAAGGCAUCCCAUUCAAAAUAUGUGAAACCUUUCUUAGAAUAAUGUUUUUGCUAGUAAUAAAACAGUACAAAAUUGUACCCUAGGACAUUUACCUUGAUGUUUUCCUGAUCAUUCAACAUCUGAUAACAUCAGAAAACUAUGAUUAUUUUGUCAUUUUCCCAGUGUAUGAAAAAAAAAACUAGCUGGAAGCAACUGAGGUGUGUCUUGUGUAUCCCUGUAACACUUUUGGAAAUUGAGAUUAAAAUACCUUCUCUUGUUCAUCUUUUCAAGUGUUAGUUAGUGAAAUGCUCCUCGGUUUCUUCAUUUACAUGACAGAUAUUAAAUUGAACUAUGUGUAUUUUGUUACUAAAGGAGAUCACUUUUAAAGUGAGAAAAUCUUAAUUUAAGAACAUACAACACACACAUUUUCAAAUAUCACAAUUAAAGUAGUCAUUUUUUUUAAUGCAUGUAAUGAAUAUAAAAAAAAUCUCCUCAGACCAAGUAACAACAGCUACAUCUGUCUUCAUUUAUGCCAAUGGAAUGACUGCAGACAACUAUACAAAGGCAGGCUUUACGCCUGUUUUUAGAAGCUCAUUCGGUAACAGUUCGGCUCUGUUUAAAGAGGCAGUAGCAGUUUGUGGUGUGGGAGAAGAACUGUGUAUUUAUGAUUAUUUAGUGACUGGCGAUAAAAGGUUUGCGGCGAACACCAAAUCUACACAAGCCUUUUCAAUCACUUCGAGAAAGACUCUGGGUAAGAUUUUAAAAGACUUAGGCAUUAUUUAUGCUCACUUGAAAGUGACGCAACUUUUUUUCAUAAAAGCUAUUUUGAUUUUUUGCACUUUGUGAUUAUUAUUGGUUGUAAUCACUGCAUUAUUUCAGAUUUAAAUUUAAUAAUGAAACAGUUAAAGUGAUUGCACUAUAUUAUUUAUAAGAAUUAUACAAUUAAAAAAAUGAAUUACUAUUUAUUACAAUUUUUUUAAAUCAGAAAAUCACAUACCAAACAUCACAGUUGCGAAUGGCACAAAAUUUGUCAACCAACGCUGGUUUGUACAGGACGGUGCUGUCAACACACUGAAGUUUACAGCCACUGACAAUGAUGGAGAUUUGCUGAUUUAUUUGCUGGAUGGAAGCCCUAAAGGGGCAUCAGUCAAUCAGAGCGGUAUCCUUACAUACACACCAAACAGUUUAGAGCCUGUCAAUAUUGGGUAUGUUUAUUGUUGUCAAUAAAACAAUAUUUUAUGUUCAAAAGGGCUCAACUAUUUUAUUAAUAGGGUGCCUUACUUAUAUUAAACUAAUUAAGUAACUAGUAAAUAGUGGAUAUAAUGAGAUGUUAUAUCACUAAUGUUUCUAAAUUGUGAUUGGUGUCAUAAUUUGUAUUAUUCAUUACUUUUCUUCAAAUAAAAAAACUUUAAAAAAAUAAUGAUUUCACUGCUAAAAAUCAAAAUGAGAUAAAUAAUAUUUUAUAAUAAUAACUUCAAAAUGAUAACUUGAAUUGUAAGAGCUUAAUUUAGACAUUUUAACACACACGAAAGAAAGAAAAACAAAAAGGCGAAGAGGAUGUAAGCUUUGUGUUGCUAGAACUAGAACUGCCUAAAUCAGAUGUUUAUACAUUCUUAAGCAUGUACCAAGCUAUAAGAUACAACAUCAGACGGAAAUAGAAACAACUAAUUUUUAGGUGUGAUUACGCCAAAAUCAUGUAGUGAAAAAAAUUAAAUUAAUAUUUAAUUGCACUUUUAAAAGUAGAAUGCUAAGAAAAAUCAUAUAAUAUAAUUUUAAACACACACACAAAAAAAAUGUUUUGUUGAUUUAGAAAUAAUUCAUUUUAUGUCAUAUUUAGUUUUAAAAAAAAAUUAAUAUUGGAACAAAUUUAUAUUUAAUGUUUUGGGUUUGAAUUAUUCCUGCUCACUGAUAUUUUUAAUAUUCAGGGUGCGUGUAAAAGACACCAAGAAUGGCUACUCACCAAUCUUCUAUGUCCCGAUUAUAAUUUGUCCAAGAUGUAGUGGACAUGGUACCUGUGACUUGAAUAACACAAGAAAUAUAGAGUUCUUUGAUGGGCUAGUUCAGGUGCUCAAGUGUGCAUGUCUGCCUGCUUACAUAGGUGAGAGAGAAACCAUAACCUUAAGCUUCUUGACAUACAUAUUUUACUUCUAGCGCAUUGAUGAAUUAAUAACACUAAAAUACAUUAUCACAUGGAUACUAAGGAAAGGAAGUUGUUCAACAUCUUUGAAGGAACCAGUGUUAUCAUAAUUAAUGAUGAAAAUUCUGCACAUAAAUGAAACAAGUUGUUUAAUGUCUUAACAGUUAAUUUUGGUUAGAUUCGAUAAAAUGGAUUGACGUUACUUUUUUCAAAAAAGAGGAGUACACUCAAACAUUUGAAAAUAUCAUUAUUUCAGGCGAUUCUUGUGCAACUGAGAAGGACGCCUGUAAGUCAAAGCCCUGUUCUCAAGGACAAAACUGUACCGACCUGACGGCUGCCCAGCAAGGGAACAGUUCUGUUGGUCAUGUGUGUGGACCAUGUCCUGCUGGGUUUGAGGAUUUGAAUAAAAGGUGUAUAGGUAAGUGUAAUAUUUUAGCACUUUUAACAACUAUCCUGUAUUUUUAUUCCGGCAACUAUAUUCUACGUGAUAAGACCACGGAUAUCUUUUCAUAGAUAACAGUUGAUAAAUAGAUUGCCAAAUUGGUUAUUGUCUUCUGACUAAUAUGAUAUUGAGGAUAAUAGCUUAGGUUCUGCCUCCUCCCAAGAAUUACUGCCAAAUUGACAUUUACCCAAAGCUGGAAAAGGCCCCUUACAAAAAUCCAACACUCAAUGUCCUGGUUGAGAGACUAGCAAUGACAACAUUCCACCAUGGGGCAGACUGUUAAUAAAAACAACUUUGAUUUCACUUUUUACAAAACAAUUAACAAAUAACUUCAACAAAAAACAAAAACCCUUAAAAUACUACAAUCUGUGAAAAUCAAUUUAAAACUGGGGAUAAAAUGAAAUGUCGCCUAAUUUUAAAAAAGAUUUUAAAUAUAUACAUCACAAUUUCAACUUUAACCUGCAGAUAAAGAUGAAUGCAAUGGAACUAAAGUGUGUGAUCAGAUCUGUACCAACACAGAAGGCUCUUACAGGUGCAGCUGUAAUGAUGGGUUCGUUGUUAGUGCUCUGAACCCCAGGACAUGUCUGG